CUCGAAUGAAUUCGUAGCCUAGCCAACUAUGAGUCUGUAAGCCAGAAAAAGAGAAUGCAGAGCUAUCUCGAGGAGAUUCAUGUCACUUCUCCCUUCCACAAGAUGCCUAAACCUUCUGAAGAAAUGCAAGAGCUUGAACCAACUGAAGCAAGCUCACGGCCAAGCAAUCGCCUGUGGCCUCGGCCACAAUUCCUUUGCUCUUAGCAGAAUUCUAGCUUUAUGCGCGGAGGUACGCCUUCGGACCGGAACCACCACCGCCGCCGACCACGCUUGGAAGCUCUUCCAGAGCAUUCACCGCCCCACCAUUUGCAUCUGCAACACGGCGAUCAAGUGUCUUCUGCAAAAUGGCGACCUCUCCAAGAUUUUCCAAGUCUACUCCACCAUUUGGCGCAACGCCAUGUACCCGGAUGAUUACACGCUUCCUUACGUGCUGAAAGCUUGUUCGAAGCUGGAAUCUCGUUGUAAUGGAGAGGCUGUUCAUGGGUCUUGCCUGAAAUUAGGGCUCCAGUGUUUUACCGUCGUGGGGAAUUCGUUCAUUCUCUUCUACUCUGGGUUUGGCAGUAUGGGCUCUGCAGGCAAAGUGUUCGAUGAAAUGCCUAGCCCAUGUGUCGUGUCUUGGACGACAAUGGUUUCUGGGUAUGCUAAAGCGGGGGAAGUUGAUACGGCGAGAUUAUUCUUUGAUCAGGCUCCAAUCAAGGAUCGAGGUCUAUGGGGGGCCAUGAUUUCCGGGUAUGUUCAGAACAGCUGUUUCAGGGAGUGCUUGUAUCGCUUCAAGUUGAUGCAAUUCGCUGAAGUUCAGCCAGACGAGGGAAUAUUUACGAGCAUUCUCAGUGCCUCUGCUCAGUUGGGAGCUCUGGACACGGGAAUGUGGAUUCACAGACAACUGACUAGAUCUGGAUUUCAACUUAGUACCCGUCUGGGCACGGCACUGGUAGAUAUGUACGUAAAAUGUGGGAACUUGGCACUGGCCAGAAACCUGUUCGAUGAAAUUCGUGAUAGAGAUGUCGUUUGUUGGAAUGUCAUGAUUUCCGGGGUGGCGAUCCAUGGAGAUGGGGAGAACGCACUUAAGCUGCUCUCGGAGAUGGAAGCAGCUGGGUUGCAGCCUGAUGACAUCACAUUCUUGACCAUUCUAGCUGCCUGCAGCCAUUCAAACAUGGUAUCCGAAGGGUUAAUGAUAUUAGACAAGAUGUGUAAUGAGUACAAACUAGAGCCCAAGAGUGAACACUUUGGAUGCAUUGUUGAUCUUCUCAGCAGAGAAGGUCUUCUUCAAGAAGCCGAACGAAUAAUCCAACGAAUGCCAUCUUCUAGCAGUUCUUCUGAAGAAGCCAUAGCAUGGAGGGCACUUCUAAAUGCUUGCUGCAGCCAAGGAGACGCACAACUGGCCGAGGUUGCUGCUGAGAGAUUGUUUAAAUUGGAAAGUCACAGUGGGGCCUACACUCUGCUCUCGAACUUGUAUUCCACAGCUGGGAAGCACGAUGAGGCAAAGAGAGUGAGGAAGAUGAUGAGGGACCGAGGGGUGGAGAAGUCACCAGGUAGCAGCUCAAUCGAGAUUGGUGGUUCGGUUCGUGAAUUUGUUGCGGGAGAGCCAGAAUUUUCUUCUCCCACCACUUGACAGUGAAAUGAGGCAAAAAUUUGCAAUACAAUUAUGAUAUGCAU